UCAUUCAGACAUCCCAGGAAUUCAACACGACUCGGAACCAGCCAGCUCGGCACAACAAGGACAUUUUAAGUUAAAACAUCGUCCUCGUCGCCGCAAACAGGUCACGAAAGUGCAGUUUGCUGACAAUAAAGGAGAGGUGUCGAGGAAAGCGCCAGCUACAGACACUGCAGCAUGCAGAUGUGAGGGUCAGACAUCAGAGAUCUCUGUGCUGCAACCCUGGACUGAGUGACAUCCUCUUCAUCCUCUUCAUCGUCAUCAUACAUGCUCUUACAUGAAGAGAGGGGAGAAACCCGAAGGAUACAGACAGAUGAGACCCAAAACGUUUCCCACCAGCAACUACAGCGGCAACAGCCAGCAAAUGCUGCAGGAAAUUCGGAACAGCCUGCGCAACCUGUCCAAACCCUCGGACCCUCCUAAAGUGGACAAUGUAGGGGCUGUAAAAAUGCUUCCUGAGGACCCAAGGCAACAGGGGCGAUGCAGCAACCCCAAAAACCCCUACCACAAAGCCUUACAGGAGAUCCGCAAAUCCCUGAUGCCUUUUGCCCACGAGCAAACCUCAGGCCCUGAGGUGAAAAAACACAUGUCGCUGGAAACCCCCUCUGCUGGGUUUGAUGAGAGCAACAGUCGCAGUAUGGGGGCAGUAAUAGACUACACGGGUAAGGUGAGCUACCAGGACUCAAUGAGGGAACAGAUGGUUGUUUCCAAUCCUAACGCUACAGGUCUGAAAGCUCCAGGACCUUCUCAUAUCCAGCAGGCUGUGCUGAGGAGGCCGAGCUGGAAAGGCUCUAAGGAGUCUUUGGCGCCUCGACAUGCUCUCAUGGUGGACGGAAUGAUGUACCGCUCAGACAGCCCUGGACCGCCUCCUGCCUUCCCACAGGGUCACCCUGCUAACAGCCAGAGGGUCAAUCCUCCACUGCCGCCUCAGGUGCGCAGCGUCACACCUCCACCAAACCGGGGUGCCAUGCCUCCUGGUUCAUCCUGGGACAGCAACCCAUCAACAAAACGCUACUCUGGCAACAUGGAUUACCUUGUUCCCCGCAUCUCUCCGGUGCCCCAGGGGGCCUGGCCUGAUGGGUACCAGUCGUCCGCACCUCAGAAUCCACGUGGGAUCAGCCCAGUCCCUGUGGGCCAUCAGCCCAUUAUAAUGCAGACCUCCGGAGGAAAUAAGUUCACAUUUCCCUCCAGCUGGUCUCAGAAUGGCACUCCUCAGCAAGACUACAUGGCGGGGGGCAGCAGGCAGCCUCCUCCACCGCCGUACCCAGUUAACCAGAGCAGCAGGCACAGUCCCACUGACCAGCAGAUGCAGUCAGGAGGACCUGCAUCCUCUCCCUCUUAUGUCAACGGUGGAAACAUCCCUCAGUCCAUGAUGGUUCCAAACAGGAACAGUCACAACCUUGACAUGUAUAACUUAGGUCCUCCUCAGUCCUGGUCCCAGGCUCCUCUGAACCCCAACCAGUCCCAGUCUUCCUCUGGCAACAGCAGCAACCAGGAUCUGUCACCGUCGUGGCAGCACAACAUGCCGGUCCGGUCUAAUUCCUUCAACAACCAUCAGCUAAACAGCAGACAGGCACACGCAUCCAGCUCCCAGCCCUCUGCUACCACAGUCACGGCCAUCACCCAGGCUCCCAUCCUGCAGCCGGUCAAAAGCAUGCGAGUCCAGAAACCAGAGUUACACACUGCGGUUGCUCCCACACACCCUCCAUGGAUGCAGCAGCCUCCACCGCCUCCAGCUGCACCCGCGUACCCAGAACCCCCAGCCCCUGUACCUCAGAUCCCUGCAGAAGUCCCCAGCUACCAGGGUCCCCCUCCACCCUAUCCCAAACAUCUCCUCCAGCAGCAGGCUGCACCCUGCCCCCCCGCCUAUGACCCAGGGGUCAAUAAGCUUGGCACAGGUAGAGAGGAGGAGGAGGAGAGCAGCGGCACAGACAGCUCCCGGGACAAGACGACAGAAAGCACCGCAGCAACAGCGACAGAGAAGGAGAAGAAGCAAAUCACGACAUCGCCCGUUCCUGUCCGCCGCAACAAGAAAGAUGAAGAGCCAAGAGGGGAGUCCGGAAGAAUUGCACUGUACUCCCCACAGGCCUUCAAGUUCUUCAUGGAGCAACAUGUGGAGAACAUCCUGAAGAACCAUCAGCAGAGGAUUCGAAGGAGGAAGCAGCUGGAAAGUGAAAUGCAAAGGGUGGGUUUGUCUUCAGAAGCUCAGGAGCAGAUGCGUAUGAUGCUCUGCCAGAAAGAGUCUAACUACAUCAGGCUAAAGCGAGCCAAGAUGGAUAAAUCCAUGUUCAAAAGAAUCAAGACCCUCGGCAUCGGAGCCUUUGGUGAGGUGUGCUUGGCCAGAAAGGAGGACACAGGAUCGCUGUACGCCAUGAAGACGCUCCGUAAGAAGGACGUGCUGCUGAGGAACCAGGUGGCCCACGUCAAGGCUGAGAGAGACAUCCUGGCUGAGGCAGACAACGAGUGGGUGGUGCGUCUCUACUACUCUUUCCAAGACAGGGACAACCUGUACUUUGUCAUGGAGUACAUCCCUGGAGGGGACAUGAUGAGCCUUCUCAUCCGGCUCGGCAUCUUCAAAGAAGAGCUGGCCCAGUUCUACAUCGCUGAGCUCACCUGUGCUGUGGAGAGCGUCCACAAGAUGGGCUUCAUCCACAGAGACAUCAAGCCCGAUAACAUCCUCAUAGACCGAGACGGACACAUUAAACUGACCGACUUCGGCCUUUGCACCGGCUUCCGCUGGACGCACGACUCCAAGUAUUACCAGAGUGGGGACCAUGUGAGGCAGGACAGCAUGGACUUCAGUAAGGAGUGGGAAGACCCGGCUAACUGCCGCUGUACGGACCGUCUGAAGCCUCUGGAGAGGAGAAAGGCCCGGCAGCACCAGCGCUGUCUGGCACAUUCACUGGUCGGGACCCCAAACUACAUAGCGCCAGAAGUGCUGCUCCGAACAGGAUACACCCAGCUCUGUGAUUGGUGGAGUGUUGGUGUCAUCUUGUAUGAAAUGGUUGUUGGACAGCCUCCCUUCUUAGCGACCACGCCCCUGGAGACACAGAUGAAGGUGAUAAACUGGAAGAGCAUGCUGCACAUUCCCCCACCAGCCAAGCUCAGCCCAGAGGCGUCCGACCUCAUCGUUAAAUUGUGCCGCAGCCCAGAGGACCGCCUCGGCAAGAACGGCACGGACGAAAUCAAAGCCCACCCUUUCUUCAAGACCAUCGACUUCUCCAGCGACCUCCGGCAGCAGGCGGCGCCGUACGUCCCCACCAUCGCUCACUCCACAGACACCUCCAACUUCGACCCCGUGGACCCGGACAAACUGUGGAGCAGCGACAGCGACGGCGAGGACAACCUCAACGACACCCUCAACUGCUGGUUCCGCAACGGCAAACACCCCGAACACGCCUUCUACGAAUUCACCUUCCGCCGCUUCUUCGAUGACAACGGCCACCCGUACAGCUGCCCCAAACCUAUCGAGUACGAGGGUUAUAACGGGGACGAGGCGGACUCAGAGGGCCCGGUGCAGGAGGCGGCUGGUAGCUCAGCGACUCAGGGCCGAGACCUGGUCUACGUCUAGCGGCUGAGCGGUGUGUACAUAACGAGCUUGUGGAGGAAGUUUGUGUGUGAGUGGAGGGGAACGCAACGGUACAGCGUGUAAAUCCUAAAACAUAGGAAAGUAUGUUGGUAGGACAUCAACAGACUUUAAAUAUGGAAAAUAUAAGUUCACACUACAAAUUAAAGGACUAGUUGGGCAUUUAGGGAAAACAUUUUUGAUUGUUUUCUUGCCGUGCGAUAUUCUGCAUUUCUUUUGGUUAUUGGAAUUAUUAUUUCCUUUCUAAAUUGCUUUAAAAAUGUGCUUAACUUGAAAGUGUAGUAAAAGUCUUUUGUAGCAUUUAAUUAAACAUGCCUGCAACAGAUACUUAAACUAAGUUCUGUAUUUCAGUUUGUGUUCAAAUCUAAAUUUUGACGCCAAGAUUUUCAUUUUUACAGCAAAUGUAUAUCUGUUGUAGAUAUCUAUCUACUACUAAAUCUAUCUAAAAAAUAUCUAAGAUGAGCUAACCAGCUCUCAUAUUUUAGUAUACAGACAUAAAAGUGGUAUAAAUUUGCUCAUCUCGGCAAGAACGCAAAUAAGUGCGUUUUCCCAAAAUGCUGCCUACAAUGUGUGAAAGGUACAGUACGAUGUUCGCUGCCUGAGAAACUGAAAGCAGAAAAAAAAUCAGGGUGCUCUCUUUAUGACGACUUAUCACAAACUCCCCUUAAAGCCUUAAUUUAUUUAAGAAAACUGUACCUGGUGAUGCUAGUGUAGAUGCUGUUUGAGUGUGGGAUUUUUGUUGCUGGAAUUGCAUUUAUUGAUAAAAAAGAAAAAGAAAAAAAGAAAUUGUCUUAAUUUAUAUUUUAAUGUCUGUUGCAAUGGGGAUUUAGUGUUGUGACUCAUAGAAAUUUGCAGGGAUAAAUUGCUCUAAUUAUUCAUUGCUGUGCCUUUUUUGAUUUAUUUUUUGUUAUCUUUUACCAAAUAUACAGAGGAUUAAUAAUCAGACUGGCAUUUUAAAAAUGAGAGUAGAAGUAGCUGAUUGAACUACAGUAGUUUUUUGUUUUAUUUUUCUAAUUUAUACUUAAUGUAUUUAUAAAUUAAGUUGUAUACAGUUGAUGUAAAUAUUUUUCUCUUCCCUGUCAGCUGAUUUUUUUUUUCUUAGGGCAGGCCCUCGUCAGUGUCCACUGCUGCUGCCUUCUGUUAAUAUGUUGUGUGCUUUUCAGCCUCUCAUUCACCCAAAACACUAAAUCACAGUAUAAGUAAAUCUAUUUAAUCAUUUUUCCUUAACUAAACUUUCAGAUUUCAUGCUCAUUUCUCAACCAAAGCACUAAAUAGGUGGGUUUUUAUAAUUGUUUUGCAAUAACCCACGUUUAGAAAAUAACGACACAAGACGGCAAAAUUAGUUUUUGCUGCGUUAUUACACUAUCACCCAGAAAUGCCUUGCUAUUAGGCAUCUAACACUUCAUCUUAUUGUACUCUACAUUGUGUUCAAGGAUCUGGGAGAGAUAAUUGUCUCAUUUCCUGUCUUUGAGUAUCACUACAGCUGACUGUCAUGUGUUUAUCGUGUUUAAAAGAAAAGCUGGAUUGACGGACUGACGGUGAAGAGAACUGCUCUCCAUCACAUAUCAUGAUGAUUCUGUAACCCGCUGUAACUUUUUCUUUAUGUUUAGGAAAAGCUCUCUGAAUGUAGUUAUUAUGGACUUAAUGGUGACCACUGGCAUUCUGCACUGGUUUUGUGUUUUCGUUGUCAAGUGAGAGAAUUUUAUUUUUGUGUACAUUGUUGCUCCGGGAGGUUGGGUACAGGGAAGAGGGUGAUAAAUAAAGAAUGUAAAGAACAAAACAU